AUGAUUUGGUCCCUUCUGACCGCCUUUGUUAUUGCGGGAAUCCACGGGGCAGCCACAGCGGCGGGCACCUCAGGUCCAGCAGCAUGCGUUACUUUUGACAUCAACUGGAAUCUGUUGGCAUUUGGGUUCAAUGGGAAGGAUUACAAUGCUGGGACACAGGACACGUGGACCUCAUCAAGUGCUCCAACGGAUAUCACGACUCAGGGUCGCCCACCGUUCGAUAGCGCCAACACAACGUGCUACCUGGCCCAGUUCUUCAAUGCCAUCUACGUUCUCAAUGCCGACAGCUCAAGUCCAUCUUCAAUCUACAUCUAUGAUGUUGCGAAAGCCUCUUGGUCCAAACAGAGUGUGGACGUUGGUACAUUCGAUCCAACCAACUUUGCCGCCAUCCUGGACCACGACACCAACGUCUUCUACUCCUACUCCGCUGGUGACAUGUUCUCGCUCGACAUGCAGUCGCAAACAGCUGCCAUUCCGAGCGCUAUUCCGUGGAAGGAGGUGCAGAAACCUGAUCUUUCGUCUGAUCCAGACGGCACCUCGACGCCCGGAGCGAACACAGCUGGAUACGAACCUGUCAUGGCACUUGCCCAAAACCAUGUCCACUUCCUCGGUGUCCCAGGCCUGGCCCCAGGCAAUGCCAAAAUCUUUGUGAUUCACUUCUCGUUCAUGCAACCAGCACCACAAUUCUAUGGCACCGCCUUCCCUGACACCCAUGGCAAAGCCGCGUCGUUCUUCCUUGACAGCGGUGUCCAACAAGAAUUUGCGUUCAUUCCCGACGACGGAAGCGCGACAUAUGUCAUCAACGUCGAGAGCAACACCACGAAAACACUCUCCGGUCCUCCCCAACGUGAUCCAUUUGCCUCGUACAGCGCUUCCACCAGCGCCCUCGUUCAGUUGAACACUGCCGGACAGGUAGCAUUUUUGGCGUAUGACCCCAAGACCACUACCAGCGGCGGUACAUGGGCCACAAUCUCCAAGCUUCCUUCGGCUUUGUCAUCUGGUUCAUCUUCAAACGGUUCUAGCGCCACAGGAAACACGACCGGUUCUUCGGGCUCUGGUUCUGGAACGAACUCAUCGUCGGGCAACUCAUCCGGGUCUUCCAAUAACAAUAAAUCUGAUGCUGUUUCUAGCAUCCGACUGGGUGCUGGAAUGUUCCUCGCUGCUGGAAUGACUCUUAUUGGGAUGCUGUCUCUAUAG